GUUUAGUCAAUACUACCAUUCGUUUGCGCACACCGGUUGUCGCACCUUGCUCCCACUUCCUUUUUAGCCCGUUCGCCAUAACUGCGACGUUGUCAGAGCCACUGAUCUUGAAAUCAGACCCCAUCUUCAACGAUGAUCAUCUUCCGCGACACCUUCACAGGUGAUGAGUUGUUUACUGACAGCAACAAGAUCACGAAAGUUGGAAACAACGAGGUCUUCAGAGUGACGUGUGUGGAAAAAGUUACCACGGAAAAUGCGAACUUUGACAUCGGGGCAAAUGCCAGCGCAGAAGAGGCUGCAGAAGAGCUUCAGGAGACUGUUGUAAAGGGCGUCGACAUUGUCAUCCAGCAACACCUGGAAGAAUGCACUAACGAUUAUCCCCUAAAACUGUACAAUGCAUUCUUAAAAACCUACUUCAAAAGAAUUAUAGCUGGCAUCAUGGAAUCUGACUUGAGUGAUGAAGACAAAAAGGCACAAUCCAAUUCUUUCAAGGAGGAGGCUGUGAAAUUUACCAGCUUAGUUAAGAAGAACUUUGAUGAGAUCCAGUUCUUUAGAUUCCCCAUCGAUUAUGAAGACCCAAAAGAUAUUGACGGCUUCAUUAUUCCCCUUCAUCGCUGCUCGGAAACAGACGUCAUCACCAUGUGGUUCUUUCGACGUGGACUGAAGGAAGAGAAAUGUUAACCAAGGACAAUAUAUAAGUAAAGGAGCUCCUCAGAUUGGCUGGACUUGACUCAGAAGAGCUGCUGUCAGACAUUUGGCAUGAGAACAGUUACACCCAACGCAGUUUUCUGCUUUUAUCUUUCAUGUCUUUUAGAAAUCGCAGGUGCCAAAGAUCAGUUCGUCAAUAUUUGUACAGAUGUAAUUUAUUGUAAGGGAUCUACAACAUUUUUAUGCUUAAAUAACGUGAUCAGCCUUGACCAUGCUAACAUUUAGUAUGCUGACAGGCUUUCAUUGCAGUCAAUAUAACUUUUCACAUGAUGCGAUUUCCAAAAGAUGUCACAACGGGUAAGCUUUGAGAAGAUCAAUAAAGCUUAUAUAAAUAUUA